AUGACUCAACCUAAGGUAAGCUCUGUACCCACCCUUAUUACUGGUGGAAGAAUUAAGAAUUUUCUGGCCAAGUGGCAAGAAAUUACCUCUGACAGAACUAUUCUGUCCAUCGUACAGGGCUACAAACUUGAGUUUUAUGACAUACAGCCUGUUCAACUAGGUAGAGUUAGACCUACCAUUCUGUAUACUGAGGCAGCAGUGGCCUUAGAUCAGCAGAUUCAAAAUUUUUUGUCUAGGGGUAUCAUUGUUGAGUCCCAACAUGAAUCCACCGAAUUCAUAUCCCCCGUUUUCUCGAGCUAAGAAAAAUGGGAGUUUCAGAAUGAUUCUGAAUUUGAAAGAAUUCAAUCGCUUUAUUGCUUACCAUCAUUUUAAGAUGGAUAAUAUUGAAACCUGUGUUCACUUGAUGAAACCUGGGUGUUUUAUGGCAUCUAUUGAUCUUUCAGAUGCUUAUUUUUCUGUACCUGUUGACCGGUCACAUCAAAAAUAUCUUAAGUUUUUAUGGAAAGGAAAGCUUUAUCAGUUUACUUGCCUUGCGCAGGGCCUUGCCUGUGCUCCCAGAGUGUUCACCAAAUUACUCAAACCUGUGUAUGCAUACCUCCGACUCAAAGGACAUGUUUCUAGUGGGUAUUUAGACGACUCCUUUUUAGAAGGAGACACUAGUGUGGCCUGCUCAUCCAAUGUCCAGGAUACCUUAACCCUUCUAGGGGACUUGGGUUUCUGCCCUAAUUUGGCUAAAUCAGUUGUCCAACCUACACAGAUUCUUGAACAUCUGGGUUUUAUUUUAAAUUCCUUAGACAUGUCUGUUAGCAUAACAGAUCACAAUUUUGGCAAGCUACUUGCCUCAGCACAUCAGGUAUUGCAAUCUACAUCUGUUCCUGUUAGACUGGUUGCUCGUUUAGUGGGCAUUAUGGUAUCUUUUUUUCCCUGGUGUAGAGUACGCUAGACUUUUUACAGACAACUUGAGAUUGACAAAUCAACUGCUCUAAAAAAAUUCCAACUGGAAUUUUGAAAGUCCUAUGAUGUUGUCUGAAACAGCAAAAAUGACAUAGUCUGGUGGAUGAACCAUGCCAAAACAUGCAAAAGGAAGAUUAGUCAUGGGAAAAUCACAAGAGAACUCAAAACAGAUGCCUCUACCCAAGGGUGGGGAGCCUUUUCAGAUGGGAUUUCCACAGGUGGCAGGUGGUCCCCGGAAGAAGCUCAACUGCAUAUUAAUGCCCUAGAGCUCCUCGCUGUUUUUUGGGCCUCAAGGCUUUAUGCCCUUCAGAACAUCACUGCCACAUUAAAGUUCUGUCUGAUAAUACCACCACUGUAUCAUAUCUGAGGAACAUGGGGGAUCUCUACCCCUUGUAAUGAUAUCUCCAGAGACAUAUGGCUUUGGUGCAAGGACAGAGAUAUCUGGAUCACACCUGCACAUAUCCCUGGGGUCGAGAAUAUCGAAGCAGACUCUGCUUCCCGGGUUUUUAAUGACAAAACAGAAUGGAAACUGGACCAACCAGUGGUGUCAGAAAUUUUUUCCUUAUUUGGCAAACCUGACCUUGAUUUAUUCGCAUCCAGACUUAACCAUCAACUGUCUCGUUAUGUUUCAUGGAUCCCUGAUCCUAAUGCUGUUGGAGUAGAUGCUUUUACAUUAGACUGGGGAACACAAUAUAACUAUGUUUUUCCUCCCUUCAGUUUAAUUUCACAAGUUCUACAAAAGGUGGAGGAGGAUCAAGCAGAAGCAAUCAUGAUAGCCCCUCAUUGGCCAACACAGUCCUGGUUUCCCAAAUUAACAAGACUUCUGGUGCAGACCCCAGUGCUACUCCCCAAUCGUCCCAACAUCGUACACCUCCCCUUCAACCCAGGGAAAGAACACCCAUUGGGGGCAAAACUGCUGCUGAUGGCAUGUCACUUAUCAGGGAAAGUCUCCAAAAUAAAGGCAUUUCAGCGAGGGCUCAAGAGCUCAUUCUGCAGUCCUGGAGGGAAGGAACCCAGAAACAGUACCGAACAUACUUACAGCGGUGGACCACAUUCAGCAGUGGACGGAAUACUGAUCCCAUUCAACCAGCUAUAUCAGAAGUCAUAGAUUUCUUAACUGAACUGUUUGAUAGUGGACUCGGCUACAGUAGCCUGAAUACUGCUCGUUGUGCUCUAUCAUCUGUUAUCCACCUAGAUGAUAACAAAACUGUGGGUUCUCACCCAUUAGUUAACCGUUUUUUGAAGGCUGUAUUUAACAAUAGGCCUAGUAUACCUAGAUACCAGUCGGUCUGGGAUCCCACAAGCGUUUUGACAUACCUUCAAACAUUUCCACCGCUGGAAAGCAUAAGCCUUAAAGAGCUUACCCAUAAGCUAGUUAUGUUAAUAGCACUGGUUACAGGUCAGCGAUGUCAGUCUUUCCAUCUUAUGGAUAUUACUAGUAUGCAGAAAAAUACUGACCACUAUAAAUUUAUUAUUAAGGAUAUUGUUAAGCAGUCAGCUCCAGGCAGGAAUCUACCAGAGCUUAUCCUUCCUGCCUUCCCAGCAGAUGGCAGGGUUUGCGUUUACUCAGUUCUCUCAGAAUACAUUAAGUGUACUGCACCCCUUAGAGGUGGAGACACCAGACUCUUUAUUAGUUUUGUUAAACCCUACCAGGCCGUGUCGAGGGACACUAUUUCACGUUGGAUUAAGAAUGUUAUGAUCAAGGCUGGUAUUGAUGUGGAAGUGUUCAAACCCCAUAGUACCAGAGCUGCUUCUACCAGCAAAGCAAAUGCAUGCCAGGUGCCUAUAGAUGUGAUUCUUAAGGCAGCGUCUUGGAAAGGAGAUUGCACUUUCCGUAAGUUUUACAACAAACCUAUUGAAGAUAAUGUUUCUCGUUUUGGCCAAGCUGUUCUUGGUACCAGCAUUUAUGUAUAA